AUGGCUGAGAUGAAAGAUUCCCACGUUGUGGAAAUCCCAGUAGAUGAAGAGCACCAACAGAAACUCUCAUCUGCCAUGACCAUCAUUUCAGCUAUCCAACACCACCCAUUAAUGGAAAUCUCUGAGAGCCCCGGCCAUCUCUUGCUUCUCAAGCUCUGGCGAAGAGAAGAAGACCUUUUUGGCCGGCGCAUUGCCCGAAAAGAGUCCCGAAUGGACUCGAUCCGGCGCGAAAUCUUUCAACUCUGCUGCUUCUUCUUAAUCUUUCAUGGGUUCUUCAUGACCAUCUUGUUCACAUCUUCGGUGAAUCUUUGCAGGUACUGGAAGGUAUGGAACCAGUUGCAGAGGGAGAAGACUGACAACAGGGCACUCACUAGGUGCAUUCAAGAGCUGAGGAUGAAGGGGGCUAGCUUUGAUUUGUCAAAGGAGCCACAGAGCGGGAAGAGGAUGAAGAGCUCAAGUGUUGAGAUCAAAUGGAAGCCAGUUUGGUGUUUCCAGUAUCGAAAUUCAUGCUAUGCGGCUUCUGAGCUUCGAGGAGGAGUUUCGGUAUUGUCUGACUUGAAAGAUAUUGCAAUUGAGAACGGAAACAUUGAAGAGAUAGCUGGAGCUGGAAACAAGUCAUACAUUGCAAAGUAA